CGCGACAGCCCUCGCGCGCCGGCGCGUUAGGUAGCUGGGCUCGCUUGGCGCCAUGUUUGUUGUGGGCAGAAGCAGGGUUUCCCUGCCCAUUCUAAUUCUGGGCUGCAGCCUGUUUAUAGCUGUCGCUGGAGAGAAUGGCAGCCUUUUCUAGAGUCGAAUACGACGGAGAUUUAUAUACCGUUUUUCAACAAAAAGUUUCCAAACCUAUUUAUAUUUAGAUACAUAUAAAUAAAGGUGGCUCACAAAAGGGCUCACAAUCUAAAAAAAGAAAAAUAAGACCCUGGAGGGAUGCUGUGCUGGGGACGGAUAGGGCCAGUUGCUCUCCCCCAGCUCAUUAAAGAGAAUCACCACUUUUAAAAGGUGCCUCUUUGCUCAUUUAACAGGAGAGAUCAAGGCUAUGAAGAAUCUGAGGACACUGAUUUAGAACACACAUGCAUCCAAUAUACAGUGUGGUGGUUGUUGUUGUUGUUACAUUUCUAUCCCACUCUUUCUCCAAAGAGCCCAGAGCAGUGUACUACAUACUUGAGUUUCUCUUUCACAACAAUGUGGAAUGAGGGGAAAAUGCCUUUUCUGAAAGCUGCUUUGUAAUUACUUUGUUCUCAUGGAAUGGGAAAGUGUCUUUGCAAAAAGAGUGAGACAGAACUCAGGUUUGCACUGGUCAAGAAAUGGUUAAUAGAGUUUGCAAGUGUGGAAUGGAAAAUUCCUUGCUGAGUUACUUAUCUGCCAAGGACAGACAGGGUGGGGGAAGAGGGUACGGGUGUUGCAAACUUCAUUAGCAUAGGGGUCGAAUGAUCGGCUUAUUCCAAACUGUAACUGUUCUGUUUCUUGGAAUGUGGAUGUGUCUUCUCUUAAUUUGCUUAUCUGUCUGCUGAAGAACCGAAACUUAGGGCAAAGUCCAAAUGUAAUGAAUUAAUUGGUCCCUCGGGCUGAAUGGGGGACGCCCAGCUGUGUAACAAUGCCAAGGUAUAAAACCCCAAGGCACUGGGUAUUUGGCGCGUCUUUCCUGGUAGGCCACGAGGCACAGGAAAGAGCCACCAGCACUGGUUUUGGUUCAAUAAAUGGUGACUAUUGCUUCCUUCAAUCAUCCUUGUCUGUCUGGUUUGUGGUAACUGGGGUCUCCCAGGUAACAACAACCCUGCGAAGUAGGAUUGUAAGAAACAUAGAAGUCUCUCUCAGUAUCUGGUUAGUAACCAGUGGUUAGCAAGCCAGCGGCAUCCCAACUAAUUUUAAGUGUCUCCCUGCUGUCUUUGCAAAAUUAGCCAGCUGGUGUAGAUGAAGAUGCAUCCUUCCCAAUGCAUUAUGAAGCGAGUCAGUUCCAAAAGCAGGGAGUCUAAACUACCCCCUUUCGGACUUGAUUCAGAGUGAGGAAGCAAGCAAAAACAAGUGAAUAAAAACCACUUAAAACACAACAUUAUGUAUCCUGCUUUUUAACAUAAGUGUGCCUUGGGGUGGGGGAAAGAAAAAUCUAGACAGACCCUUGUAUAAAACAAUGGGCUUUCUUUAUCUUCUCUUCCGUUAUGAUUUGACAAUUUGGCACUUGUGUGUGUGUGCGUGUGUGCAUGUGGUGGUCCAUAUGGUACUGGAUGGGCUUCAAGUUCUCCUGCAGCUGCAAGCUAGAGUCUUAAGGCUUCUGCAUGGCAGCCCUCUGUUCCCGCCUGCUCCUCACAGCCAUUCUGUUCCCCACUGGCAAUCCGAUGAUCGGCAAUGAUAAUUGGAUCAUGGGGAAGAAUGCCUCCCUUUGUUCACCAAAAUCCCAGCUCCUCACACUUGAAACCCAUCCUUUGUGCCUUCUUCAUCUCCCUUCCUUCCUUCCAACUGUCUUCAACUGCUCUUAGCCCAACAUUCUACACUCGGCACCCAGGGCUUUCCUUCUGGCAGGCUCCUUUGAGUCGGCGUGUAUUUGCUUAGCAACGAGGAGAAACCAACAGCAAGAUGACGGAAACAGAAGAGGAGAAAGAAAAGAAGGAAAAGCUGUCAGGAAGGCAACAAGUACUUCUCCCUGGGUGAAUGGGAAAAAGCGAUCACCUGCUAUACCAAAGCUCUGAACCUGGAUCCUAGCAAGGUGGAGUUGUAUUCACAGAAGGCUGAAGCAUUCGUCAACCUCUGUGACUUCCAGUCUGCUCUGCUGUACCACCGGAAGGCUUUCUACAUGUCGUCAAAGCACCAGCACCUGAUGCGACUCGCCUGUGUCUUACACCUGCAGGGCCAGUGUUUGUAUGAGCAGAAUGUCUACCUGGACGCUCUGGAAUCAUUCACCCGUGCUUCAGAACUGCAGCCCAGCAAUACGCUCUAUCGCAUGAGGAGCAUCGCCUGCCUGGCUGCCCUGAAGAGAUACAAUGAUUGUCUUCAGAUGGUCAGUGAAGAGGUUUCUCGCGAGAAGACGAACCCAGAUCUCUUUGUCCUGAGGGCUCGGCUCUAUGAAUACUUUGGAAAGGCUAUAUUCACUUUUUACAACCUCCAGGAGGCUCUGGCGUUGGAUCCUGGGCACAGUGAGGCUCGGAUUAUGAUGGAGAGGUUGAAGAAGGAAGCUCAGAAGAACAAGGACCGUGCCGUGAGUAAGGCGGUGAAGGGGAACCUGAAGGGAGCCUUGCUGAAGAUCAACCGUGCGAUCGAGUACAGCCCCGAGAAUGCCGACUACUUCCUCUUCCGAGGGAACCUCCUGAGGAGGCUGAAGGACUUCAACGCUGCCAUCGACGAUUACCUGGGCGCGGUGGAGCUCUGCAAGGAGGAGGAAGGCGAGGCGCUGCGCCUGGAAGCUCAGAAGCAGGUGCUGCUGACGUACAAUGACUUUGCCGUGCACUGCUACUCCAAGGGCUUCUACGAGGAGGCCGUGCUGCUCCUGAACAAGGCCAUCAAGGGGGAGAAGAAUGAGAAGGGGCUCUACAUCAACCGAGGAGACUGCUUCCAAAAGCUGGGCCAGAUUGACUUUGCCAUGGCGGAUUACCUUCAAGCCCUGGACUUGAAGCCCUCGGACCUUGGCCUCCAGAAGCGCAUUGCCUGCCUGUACAAUGAGAUGGGUCUGCAGGACUUUGGGAGGAGGCGAUACGUGCAAGCAGAAUCGUAUUUCUCCCAGGCUAUCGAGCAUAACCCCCGUGAGCUCACGUACUACCUGCACCGGGCCAAAAGCCGCAUGUUUCUGCAGGAGGUGAUGAAGGCCAAGGAAGACGUUGUGACGGCCGUGCUGCUGGACUCCAAAAGGGAGGAGGUCCACACUCUGGCAAACAACCUCUUCCCAGGGGAGUCCCUUCACCUUAUCCUCAACAGUAAAAUCGGAGAGCUUGCCAAAGCCCUUCUGGAUCGAAGACUAGAAGCCUUCUUGCCCUACAAAGCUUUGGCUAACCAGGAAAGGCUAGAGGUGCCCGUAGUUGAUCAGCCAAAGGAUGUCUACGUUCAAAACGAAGAGCCAGAGAAGCCCGAGGGAGAGAAGCAGAUUUCUGAAGAGAAGAGACUGCAGGAGAGGCUAGCUGUCUGCAAGAAGAAGUCAAUCAAAGUAAACGAAGAGCUGAAGGAAGCCCGCGAGAAGAAGGCGUCUCUGGAACACAGUACUGUCCAGCUGCAGGCGCGCUCUCAAUUGUCGGUGAAAGAGCACACAGAAGAACCCUACCACUGGAAGACGUUCACCCAAGGCAUCGGUCACUUUUAGUUAAAACUCUUUGAACCCUAUACUGGAAGUCAGAUGGGCCUACAUGCACAUUGAUCCAUAUGCCUGUCUUAUAACAUUAACACAUUUUAAAAAGUCCCCUGUAGAGUACCGAAAUCGGAUACAAAGGUGAGUUUUGGGUGGUAAUUUUGGUUCAGGGGUGUGUGUGUGGGGAGGGAGGACACCCCUCUUCUAACUUCUACUGUUUCCAUACCCCCUGAAAUCUCACUAAGUUGGCACAAUGCAUGCAUUUCAAUUUUUAUUCUAAAUAAAACAGAUUGAGUACAGAAAAUAUUUUUAUUUCCCAGAGGUUUUUUUAAAACCGGAUUCCCCGCUAUAAGGCUAUAUGGGAAGUUUCUGCUUUCCUCGAGGUCCUCUUGUCCAGUGGAAGUAUUGUCAGAAGAAUAAUCUGUUCUGCCACUCUCCCUUGGAGCCUGUAUAUUUGGAGAAAGCUGGAAAAGGAUUGUGGACAGCAUACAUGCUGGGGCUUAUUUUUGCAUAACUCACAACACAUCGGCAUUGAGGUCUAGGCACACAAAAGUAGCAGCUUCAGAUCACUUAUUAGCCUCUGCCCAAUACAGCACUGGAAUAUUUCAUAGGGAUGUGCAUGGAAUCCAAUCAAAUUCAAUUCAAAUUUGGCUGGAUUUGAAUCAAUUUGAUUUGGAACCACUGAAUAGAAUGGAGAUUCGUUUGAAUCAAUCUGAAUCCAGCUGAAUUCGAAUAGAUUUGAACGAAUCCCCACACUAUGCAGUGGUUCCAAGUCGAAUCUAUUCGAUUCAAAUCGAAUUUGGUAGAAUUUCGUGCACAUCUCUAUUACUUCAGCCCCUCUGUUAGCUUGUAGACUUCUAAGGCACUUUAUGGUGGCAAAUCUGAAAAGCAGACUCUGUUCUUUCUUGCACAGGAAAGGGGACAUACAAGGUCCCAUUGAUUUCUCACAGGGCAGUUCAGACAAUCGACGAGAGGGCAGGAGAAUCCGGAGCCAGGCGCCCUCCUGAUUUAUUUUGAUCACGUGUUCUAUAAAAACAAGGCUGGAAACGAGCUUGAUUGUCAGGUAAGCCCCAGCUGGCUAGAAUGAGUGCCUGCACCCAGAUUCUGUCCCAAGCUUUUGAACGAGGUAGGCAGGAAAAUUGUCGUAACCUGAUGGGGCUUGACUGAUGAUCAAGCUCCCUGCCUCUGACUUUGUUUUUAUCUAACACGUUUUGAAAAUUGGGAGUGUACCCAGCCCCGAAUUAGGGUAGGAGGCUCAUCCUACCAUAAUGUCGACUGUGUGAACUGCCCUAGGUUUUUACAAGAAACCCUAUAAAUACAAUCUUAAACCCCGAGGAGGUAAGAGAUUUAUUUUCGGCUAUCUAUACAAAGACUGGUCUUCUUUAAUUACACUAGUUGAUUUAUAUUGCCCUUGACAUUUUUACUAAUAGCACCUCAUCACAAUACGGAAAACAAACCCUUGUAAGUUUGCCACACAGAGCUUAACCCAUAUACUUCAAGACUUCUGAGUUUCAUCCCUAGGAGGAUGGCAGCUUCCAGCUCAUUCAUAUUGUCACAGUGUGUUUCAAAAUGCGAUUGAAUAAAGUCGAGGUAAGAUUUUAGGGCCCCAGGAAAAACCCAUUCAAGUGUGCUGUAUUAAGAAAUCCAAAUGUGAUAGCUGCCAGUUCUUUAAAAAAGUCUGUAUAACUGUGUUAUUAAAAAAACCAGCCAAGUUUUCCUCCCAA